AUGUUGGAAGAGGAGCUUCCAUCCUUACCAGUAAAUGGCAAGAGACCAAUACUGAAGGCAGAACUGUUAUGGACGGUCAAGAAUCAAGCUGAAGAUGUCCAAGGGACUUUCCUCUUGGACACCGGUUGUACAGGAGCGAUCUUCAACCAGAGUUUCGUCAGGAAGUAUAGAGUUCCUUUAGUGCGACGAGAUCAACCUCUGACAAUAUAUGAUGCUCAAGGAGAUGUCAUGAUGGCUGGAGGAAAGUAUUACACUCACCCAGUCUACAUGAACAUGGGAGCACAUAGGGAGACACUCCGUUGGGAGGAGGCUACCCUGGAAGAAGGAAUAUCUGGCUAUCUGCCAAUUGCUUGGGCAAGAAAGCAUAACCCGGAUAUCAAUUGGGAACUCAAUACCAUAAUGUUUGGGGAAAUAGCCAGUGCUAAGCGAUAA